GCCGGCUCCCCGCACCGCCCCGAGGGAGCGGGGGCAGCUGCGGGGCUCGGCGAGGCUCCGGAAGGGAUUGGGCGGGUGGGGGGCGGGGGGGGGUCGUGAAGGUUCUGGAAAGGGCUCGGGGCGCGGAGCGUUGGGGCGGCUGCGGAGCCAUGGGGCCGGGGCUGUGGGCGGCGGUGCUGGCCCUGGGGCUGGGGCUGGAGGCGGCGUGGGCUCAGCCCAUCUUCCCCAGCAUCACCAACAGGCCGUUCAUCAGGGAGUGCGUGAGGGUCCACAACGAGUUCCGCCGCCAGGUCGUGCCCUCCGCCAGCAACAUGAGGCAAAUGAGCUGGGAUGCAGCUUUGGCAAGGACGGCCAGGGCAUGGGCAAAUAAAUGCGUUUUUAAAAGUAACACGUAUUUAAGUAAGAGAUAUCAGUGUCAUCCUACUUUUGAAUUUGUUGGAGAGAAUAUUUGGAUUGGAAGUUAUCAAAUAUUUGAUGUUCAGACUGCCGUUAGCACAUGGUAUAAGAAUAACAUAUUCUACAAUUUCUCACUGCACACGUGUAUUAAGAAUUGCGAUCGUUACAUUCAGGUUGUUUGGGACAAGUCAUACAAACUAGGCUGUGCUGUUGUUUUUUGUGAGGAAGUUGGAGGAAUAAGAAAUGCAGCAAAUUUUAUUUGCAACUAUGCACCAGUUGGUAAUUUUCUAAGAAGACCAUAUAAAGAAGGAGUACCAUGUAGUGGAUGUUCAGAAGGGGACAUCUGUAGAUAUAAAUUGUGUAAAAAUGCAGAACGUGAUAAAAUUGUCUAUUACUCAAGAUGGCAUCCAGCCUUGGGAGUUCAGAAUUGUAUGUGAUGAGGCUUGCAUCGUGCUUAUAGUUUUAAGAGCAUGGUUCAUGUUUCUUGGUUUAUUAAUUGCUUUUUUAAUCAAAAAGAAUUUUCCAGACAUGGCUACGUCCAUAUAACUGUAUUUGAAAUACAUACUAUGUUCUGAAGAUAAUCUCUAAUGAAUUAAGCAAAAAUCUUUUUGCCAUAACUUUAAAGACAGCUUUCUUUUCAAGUAAUUUUGUUACUACUUUAUUCUGUUUAUAAAAAGAUAACAUGCUAUAAAACUGAACAUACUUGUAGGUAAGACCCAUGCUGGGAAAACAUUAAGCUAAAGAUGGCAUCUGAUAAGAUCUGAGGUAUUGUUUUUAAUUACCAAAUUUACAUAUUCAACUGAAUUUAAUUACCACAUUUGCAUAGUAUAUUCCUGGAAUUCAAGGAGAAAAUUACUUAUCAGUUAAAUAACUGUUACGAUUCAUCCUAAGCCAAUAUUUGAAGUGACAAUUGCUGAAUUUGGAUGCUGAGAGGAAGUACAUCAUAUUAUGUACUCAGUCCUAUUUCCUAGAGUGACAGAAUGUUCCAACUAAAAUAUAUAAAGUAAGAAGGUUCUGUAGAAACAGUUCUUUAGAAAUCUUGAUGUUUAACAAGUUAGUACAAUCUGGUUUUUAUUCAGUAAUGUAUUUAUUGUUCCUCCUUCAAAAUAAAAUGCCAAACCUUGUGUUUCAUUUGUAAACCUUUUAUUUUAUUUGUUUUAACCUGUACUGUUACUUAUGCAUAAAGUAUUUCCUGUUCUGUAAGUGUUCUAAAUUUUUAAUAAUAAAUUUUCUGUUAUUUUUUUCUGGAAA